GAUUAUCAUAUUUCUAAGCAAAGCAAAUUUUACAUACAAAUACUUUUUUUUUUACAACAAUAAUGCCACACAGCAAGAAGCUCACUCAUGAUGAGGAAAAUGAGAACGAGAUCCCUCCGCGUGACAAGGCUGAAAUCCUUGGCAGCGAGUAUGAAGAUGCUCAGCAUCAUCGCUCUGGCAACAAAAAGCAAAUUGACACUCCAAGCUACCAGAGUAAGCCCAAAUCAGUCCGGUGAAAACUUGUGGCCUAAGGUACUUGCUCGGAGGCCAUUAUUUAUAAAUUAUUUUAAUAUAUUUAUUUGGCGAGUACUAUUUAAUCUUUAAGGACAAGAAAAGUGCAGUUUUAUUUUUUUAAAAGAAAUACAAGAAGGUCAAAUAUGAGUACUGCAGUUUUGGAAAAAAAAGUCAAAGGUGUUAUAAUUUGAUGAAAAAUGAAUCUUA